AUGAGCGAGGUUGAUUGCAUCGAUUUUGUUUCAGAAGAGGUCACCAAGAAGAAAAAACCAAGGAGCAUGUUUAGCUGGCUCGGUGGUGAUUCUUCUAAGAAGAAGACCAAGGAAGUCCUAGAUUCAGUCAGUGAAGGACUACGAAAAAUUUACAAGCAGAAAUUGUAUCCAUUGGAAGAACAUUAUAAGUUCCAUGAGUUCCACUCGCCUGCUCUUGAUGAUCCCGACUUUGAUGCCAAACCAAUGAUCCUAUUAGUAGGACAGUAUUCGACUGGUAAAACAACUUUCAUCAGAUACCUCCUUGAAGAGGAUUUUCCUGGCAUUCGUAUCGGUCCUGAACCCACUACUGAUAGAUUCAUUGCGGUUAUGCACGGAGAAGAAGAAGGAGUCAUCCCUGGAAACGCUUUAGUAGUUGACGCAAAGAAACAAUUCAGAGCUUUGAGCGGGUAA